AUGGCAAUGGCUCCGCGGGUCACUUCCUCGCGGUGGGGUCGCAGACUGCCACAACACGUGGCGGUCCUUGCUGUGAUACUUGCCUGCGCCAGAUGGCCCCGGAGAGCGGAGUUGCAAAGUCGUCCGCAAAUUGCUUUCAUCGGUUCAGAUGCACGCUUCAAAGGCCGGGCAGAGCUACCGUCACGGCGCUGCCCAGGGCCCCAAGUGAAAGAAGCAUCGCGGGAAGGUGAGCUGAGUCUUCUACUGGUCUCGCAGUUUCCAGUUUUCGUGGCAGUUGGCGCUUUGAUUCCAGUCUUGCCCUUGUAUGGCCAGGAAUUCGGCCUUUCGCAGAGUUCUGUUGGGCUGCUGGUGUCUUCCCCAAGUCUGGCAAAGCUGCUGCUGAACCUGCCGUUUGGAAAGCUGGCAGACUCCAUCGGUCGGCGCUCCCUGAUGGUUGGAGGCAUGCUGCUCUGUGCUGCCGCAGAUGUCGGUACAGGGAUUGCUUCCUCCUUGCCAUGGUUGAUCCUGGCCCGCCUUUUGCUGGGCACCGGCCUCUCGAGUUCGGAUGCCGGUGCCUCCGCUUGGGUGGCAGAUGCCACGGAAAGCAAGCCGGAAUCCCGAGCGUCAUUUCUAGGCGUUCAAAAUGCCAUCACUGCCCUUGCCUUUGUGCUUGGACCGACAGUGGGUGGCUACCUGGUUCAGGAGUUUGGCCUGCGAUCCAUCUUCUUCGCCGUGGCUGCAGGCGCUGCCGCCUGUGCCGGUGGCUAUGCGCUGCUUCCUGAGCUACGCACGGUCUCUGGCGAAAGUGCAGAAGAGAAAUCCUUUCAGGAGCUGCUACAGGCGCCGGAGCAGCAAGCUUUGGCCGGGAUUUCAGUGGCCUUCUACGCCGGCACUGCCUGCAAGAUCUCACUGCUCCCCAUUGUGGCCUCGGAAGUCUUCGGGGCCGCUCCUGCCGAAGUCGGCCAGAUCUUCUCAGGGCUUGCAGCCUUGGCGAUUGCAGGUACCUUGGCGGGUGGUCGUCUCACGGAUGCCGUGGGGCCGCGAAGUGUCCUCCUAUCUUGCGGUUCCAUCUGCACGUUGGCCUACGUGGGUGCAGCCCUGGCAACGGGGGCUCAUUCCAAGGAUACGUUCUUUGCCUGCUUGGCUGUUUGGGCACUGGCGGCUGCAGUGAAGUCUCCAGCGCUGCAGGCAUAUGCAAUAGCUGCAUCCCCUGAGGACCAGCGAGGGGCUGCCCUGAGCGUUCCGAAGACCGUCGGUGAUCUCAGCUACCUUAUCGCUCCCUUCUUGUUGGGGACGUUGGACGAUAGCCUUGGGCCAGAGGCGGCGCUCUUCUGCUGUGCCUCCGUCUUUUUCGCUGGCACGGCAUGGUUCGCGCUGCGGAGCUGA